CUGAGCCCCCCCCCGUCGCGCACGGGCCGGGGGGGGCCGCCCCGAGCCCUGCCGCAAAGUACCUUAAGGAUGGAUAUAGAAGACUGUAAUGGCCGAUCCUACAUAUCUGGCAGCGGGGAUUCCUCUCUGGAGAAGGAAUUCAGCUCGGCCAUCGUGGGACCCGCGGUGAGCACGCCCAACAGCCAGCACUCCUCCCCGAGCCGCUCGCUCAGUGCAAACUCGAUCAAGGUGGAGAUGUACAGCGAUGAGGAAGCCAGCCGGCUGCUGUCACAGGACGAGCGGAUGCUGGAGAAGGAGGACAGCGUGAUCGUGGAGGACUCGCUCUCGGAGCCCCUGGGCUACUGCGACGGGACGGGCCAGGAGCCGCACUCCCCGGGCGGCAUCCGGCUGCCCAACGGCAAGCUGAAAUGCGACAUCUGCGGCAUGGUGUGCAUCGGCCCCAACGUGCUGAUGGUGCACAAGCGCAGCCACACCGGAGAGCGGCCGUUCCACUGCAACCAGUGCGGAGCCUCCUUCACCCAGAAGGGAAACCUCCUGCGCCACAUCAAGCUGCACUCCGGCGAGAAGCCCUUCAAAUGUCCCUUCUGCAACUACGCCUGCCGCCGGCGGGACGCGCUCACCGGCCACCUGCGGACGCACUCCGUCUCCUCCCCCACAGUCGGCAAGCCCUACAAGUGCAACUACUGCGGCCGCAGCUACAAGCAGCAGAGCACGCUGGAGGAGCACAAGGAGCGGUGCCACAACUACCUGCAGAGUCUGAACACUGAACCGCAGUCGCUGGCCAGCCAGCAAGGUGACGAGAUGCGAGACCUGGAGAUAGUGCCGGACUCCCUGCUUCACCCCUCGUCCGAUCGGCCGACGUUUAUUGACCGGCUGGCGAACAGCCUCACCAAACGGAAACGAUCGACACCUCAGAAAUUCGUGGGGGAGAAGCAGAUGCGUUUCGCCCUCUCCGACCUCCCCUUCGACGUGAACGCCGGCUUCGAGAAGGACGUGGAGAUGGUCUCGGCCCACCACCCCCUGGACCCCUCCUACGGCAGCUCCCUGUCCCUGAUGGGCGGCGAGCACCUGCGCCCGCUCCGGCUGCCCCCCACAAACUGCAUCUCGGAGGUCACCCCCGUCAUCAGCUCCGUCUACACCCAGGUCCAGCCCCUGCCGGGCCGCCUGGAGAUGCCGGGGAGCCGGGAAGCCGCCGAGGGGCACGAGGACGCGGCGGACGGGGUGCAGGUGCUGUACCGGGGCCGGGAGCCGGGCGGCGUUUCGCCCAGCAACGGCUGCCAGGACUCGACGGACACCGAGAGCAACCACGAGGAGCGGACGUCGCAGCUGCCGGUGGGGAACUGCGCCAGCAGCCGCCAGAGCCCAGCCUACGCCAAAGAGGACCCCAAGGUGCCGGAGGGGCCCCCGGCCGCCCGCUCCACCCCCAGCUCAGCCAAAGACGCCCUGCGCGUGGUGAACGAGGACGGGGAGCAGAUCAGAGCCUUCAAGUGCGAGCACUGCCGCAUCCUCUUCCUCGACCACGUCAUGUUCACCAUCCACAUGGGCUGCCACGGCUUCAGAGACCCUUUCGAAUGCAACAUCUGUGGCUACCACAGCCAGGACCGGUACGAGUUCUCCUCCCACAUAGUGCGGGGCGAGCAUAAAGUCGGCUAAACCCCAACCCCCCCACCCCAAAAACCCUGAGCCCCCCAUCCCCAGCCCAACCCCACUCCUCCUCCUCUGUCUCUAGCUCAGCCCCUCCACCCUUAGGGCAUGGAACUGUUGGUUUUUCUUUUAUACUCCUUUGCACUGACUUUGGCUACAAAAAUAUUUAAAAAAAAUAAUCAAUAACUAAAAAAAAAAAAAAAAAAAAAAAAAAAAACCAACCCCGGAGAGGGGGAGCUCUUAACAAUUUGCCUUUUUAUAAAUGGAGUUAUUUAAAUAUUAACGGACUUUUUUGUGCUUUCCUCCCCCCCUCCACCUCCCUCCGUUAUUUAUUGAGCUGCUUAGUUUCUCUUUUUAUAACUUUUUCCACCCCCCCCAAAGUCUCGCUUGAAUUUCUGAGACUGGUCCCCCCCCCACCCCCCCCAAACCCCCAUCCCGGCCCCACUGGCCGGACCCAACCUCACUCUAGGUGCUAAAACCCCCCCCGGGCUGCCCCGCUCCGGCCGCUCCUGCCCUGGGGGUGCCGGGGGGGGCUCAUCAUGGGUUUAACACCGGGGCGGGGGCAAAACCAGGACCCCCUCCUCAUGGCGGGGGCUUUUUCGGCCCCCCACCCCGAGCCCACCCCAGUCCUGGGGGGCUCGGGGUCGCUCCUGAGAAAUGAAGGAAAACCAGAGCCCGGUGGGGCCGGGGCGAAGGCUCCGCUCUCCCUGCGGUUCCCUCCUCUUCCUCGCUGCCCCGGUGUCCCAGCUCGAGGGGCCCUGGGGGGGGGGGGGGGAGCUGCGUUUUUGGGGGGCGAUAACCAAAAACGGCGAGCGGGGGGGUGCUGAGGCCCCCCCCAGGCACCGAGGUCGCUCAGCAGCAGCUCGCCAGACUGCUCUCCUGAGGUCGAAACCAAAGGCUGUUCUUUUUUCUACGAAAACAAACAAAACCACCUCACGAGUCGGCAACGCCUGUUGCCCCGAUUUGUUCUUUUUUUUUUUUUUUUUGGCUUUUUUUUUCUUAAUUUUUCUUUUUUUUCCUUCUCCUUUCUUGCUUUUCCGUCGGCGGUGUUCGUGUCCGGGACGGCGACGGCGGCACCACGGGGACAGCUCCGCGGAGCCCCCCCAGGGACGAAGCUUCCCCAGCUUCGGGGGGCAGCCGCCUUUGGGGGGCUUCAGGGGGCUCAGGGGGGGAGGCACUCGGUGUCUGCCACCCCCUCCCCGCCGUGCCCCCCGUCCCCAAAAGGGGCUUCAGAAGCAGAGCCGGGAGCUCGGCCCCCCCUGAGCUCGGCCUUUUUCUUUCCGUCUCUUUUUUCUUUUACCCGUCAGAGAGUCUAAGACAAAUGUGGGACUUUUUUGUAAACCUGCAGGUCGCUUUCCUCGUGUAAAUAUCUAUAUUUUUUAAUCAGAUGUAUGAAGAACAAAACGAUGAUGUGCAAUACCCCCCCCCGCCCCCCCCCCCCCCCGGCUCCGGCCGCUCCUUCCCUUCCCGACGAGUUUUCAGUUGUAGAGCGUUCAUGAUGGAUUUGCUGUCGUCUCGGUUUUCCCCUUUUUUGUGAGGUUAGACUCGCUUUUGGACAAAAAACACCCCCCCCCAGCCCCCCCCCCACCCCCCCGAGCUCUUACCGCAGCAGCUUUUUGUAUCUGUAAGAUAUUGUAAGUACCUAUUUGUGUAAUGGAGAUCUACUACUGUAAGUUUUGUACUGUACUGGCUGAAGGUCUGUUAUAAAUAAACCGGAGUAAUUUAA